ACUGACGGACAGACUGGUGGCGGGCCGCCGGAGCAUCCUGCACCCAUCAUCCUGUUUAUCCAUCCGGCCCUCGCUCCUCCUGCCCCCUGUCUUCCACUCUUUUCUAAUUGACGCACCGCUGUGGUCCACACUCAGCCCGCCCUGCUGCUGCUGCUGCUGCUGAAGCUGAGGCUGAAGCUGAGGCUGAGGCUGUCUCCCCUCCCUCUCUUUCCCCGGCGGAUUCUCCAUGUAUGGAUGCGCUAAGGGAAAGGAUGCUGUAGGCUGACCAAAGCCAGAGAGAGACACACACAAAUACAGACUGGUGAGGAGAUUCGACAAGGAGGAACCGGAGGAUCCUGGCGCUGUUGUGAAUGGGCAGAGGAUUCACCCUCUGCGGUCGACGAGUCUCGAGUUGCUGAGGUGCCAGGUGUGCGUCUGUGCAGCCACACGGAUCUCCAGCUCUUCCGCUCGCCCACGCACCCACCUGCAUCAUGGCGGCGGCGUCAGUGAAGGUGGCGGUGAGGGUCCGACCCUUCAACUCCAGAGAGAUCUCGAAGGACAGUAAAUGCAUCAUUCAGAUGUCGGGAAACACCACAACGAUCCUGAACCCCAAACAGCCGAAAGAAAACAAGAGCUUUAACUUCGACUUUUCUUACUGGUCUCACACUACGCCUGAGGACAUCAACUAUGCGUCUCAGGUGCAGGUGUACAGGGACAUCGGAGAGGAGAUGCUGCUUCAUGCCUUUGAGGGCUACAACGUGUGCAUAUUUGCAUACGGCCAGACCGGAGCGGGCAAAAGCUACACCAUGAUGGGACGGCAGGAGAAAGACCAGCAAGGAAUCAUACCCCUGCUGUGCGAGGACCUCUUCACCAAGAUCAAUGGCAGCAAUAACGACAACAGCAUGUCUUACUCCGUGGAGGUGAGUUACAUGGAGAUUUAUUGCGAGCGUGUGCGUGACCUGCUGAACCCGAAAAACAAAGGAAACCUGCGUGUCAGAGAGCACCCUCUGAUGGGACCCUACGUUGAAGAUCUGUCCAAACUAGCCGUCACCUCCUACAACGACAUCCAGGACCUGAUGGACUCUGGAAACAAGGCCAGGACUGUGGCUGCUACCAACAUGAACGAGACCAGCAGCCGCUCUCACGCUGUCUUCAACAUCAUCUUCACACAGAAGAAGCAAGACAUGGAGACGGACAACACAUCAGAAAAGGUCAGCAAGAUCAGCCUGGUGGACUUGGCUGGCAGCGAGAGAGCCGACUCCACCGGGGCGAAAGGAACCAGACUGAAGGAAGGAGCAAACAUCAACAAGUCUUUAACCACACUGGGGAAAGUUAUUUCUGCUCUAGCUGAACUGGACACAGCUCCAAACAAAAAUAAGAAAAAGAAGAAGGUGGAGAGUUUUAUACCUUACAGAGAUUCAGUUCUGACCUGGUUACUGAGGGAGAACUUGGGAGGAAACUCUCGCACAGCUAUGGUGGCUGCCCUCAGCCCUGCUGAUAUUAACUAUGAUGAAACCCUCAGUACCCUCCGCUACGCUGAUCGGGCCAAACAGAUCCGCUGCAACGCUGUGAUCAACGAAGACCCCAACAACCGCCUGGUGCGUGAGCUGAAAGAGGAGGUGGCUCGCCUCAAGGACCUGCUGUAUGCACAGGGCCUGGGAGACAUCAUAGAGACGUAUCGCUGCACCGGCCCCGUCAUCACUGGUUUGAAAUACCUGUGCGAUUACAAGAACUUUGUGAAUAAUCGCCAGGCUGUCAAUCAAAGGGGUGAUCUCUCCACAGUGACCAACGCCAUGACAGGAAUGAGCCCCUCUCCCUCGCUCUCGGCCCUGUCCAGUCGCGCCGGGUCCAUCAACAACCUCCAUGAUCGCAUCUUCAGCCCGGCCAGUGAGGAGGCCAUCGAGAGGCUCAAGGAAACGGAGAAAAUCAUUGCCGAGCUCAAUGAGACCUGGGAGGAGAAGCUGCGUCGUACUGAGGCCAUUCGCAUGGAGAGGGAGGCCCUGCUGGCUGAGAUGGGUGUUGCCAUGAGAGAAGACGGAGGCACUGUGGGUGUCUUCUCCCCGAAAAAGACCCCUCAUCUGGUGAACCUGAACGAGGACCCGCUGAUGUCUGAGUGUCUGCUGUAUUACAUCAAAGAUGGCAUUACCAAGGUUGGCCGUGAAAAUGCCAAGACUCGCCAAGACAUUGUUCUCAGCGGCCAUUUUAUCAAAGACGAACACUGCACCUUCAGCAGCACUACAGGCCCUCAGGGAGAAGGAUGUGUCAUCCUUGAGCCGUGUGAAGGGGCAGAGACGUAUGUCAACGGGAAGAGAGUGACUUCACCCACUGUUCUGCGAUCAGGGAAUCGCAUCAUCAUGGGAAAGAGCCAUGUGUUUCGCUUCAACGACCCGGAGCAGGCUCGCCUGGAGCGAGAGAGGACGCCGUGCGCCGAGACGCCGGUGGAGCCCGUCGACUGGGCCUUCGCUCAGAGAGAGCUGCUGGAGAAACAAGGCAUCGACAUGAAGCAGGAGAUGGAGCAGAGGCUUCAGGAACUCGAGGAUCAGUACCGUAAAGAAAGAGAGGAAGCCAGUAACCUGCUGGAGCAGCAACGACUGGACUAUGAGAGUAAACUGGAGGCUCUUCAGAAACAAGUGGACUCUCGCUACCUGGAGUCUCCUGAAGAAGAGGAGGAGCCCGAGGAGGAAGUGCCGUGGACGAAGCGUGAGACUGAGCUGGCUCUGUGGGCUUUCAGAAAGUGGCGUUUCUACCAAUUCACGUCUCUCAGGGAUCUGCUUUGGGGCAACGCCAUCUUCCUCAAGGAGGCCAAUGCUAUCAGUGUGGAGCUGAAGAAGAAGGUGCAGUUCCAGUUCGUCCUGUUGACGGACACCCUCUACUCUCCUCUGCCGCCUGACCUGCUGCCCCCCUGCGUGGCCAAAGAGAGAGAGAGGCGACCUUUCCCCCAGACCAUCGUAGCCGUUGAAGUCCAGGAUCAGAAGAACGGAGCCACGCAUUACUGGACUCUGGAGAAACUCAGGCAGAGGCUGGACCUAAUGAGAGAAAUGUAUGACCGUGCGGCAGAGCUCCCCAGCAGUGCUGUGGAGGACUGUGACCACGCCCUGACCGGAGGCGACCCCUUCUACGACCGCUUCCCCUGGUUCCGUCUUGUCGGCAGGGCUUUUGUGUACCUGAGUAACCUGCUGUACCCGGUGCCCCUGGUGCAUCGCGUGGCCAUCGUCAGCGAGAAAGGAGAGGUGAAGGGCUUCCUCAGAGUGGCAGUGCAGGCCAUCUCGGCCGACGAGGAGGCCCCUGAUUACGGUUCUGGUGUGAGGCAGUCAGGCACUGCCAAGAUCUCCUUUGAAGACAAGCAGUUUGAGAAGUUCCAGACCGAGUCGUGUCCUGGCACUCUGUCGCACUCCAACACCUCCCAGGAGGAGCUGCGCAUUGUGGAGGGGGAAGGCCAAAACGCUGAGAUAGGAAUCUCUGCAGAUGAAGUCAACAACAACACGUGUGCAGCCACCCUGGAGAUUCCCAGCAGCCCAGUGAAGAGCUUGGGUCUGGGUCUGGAUCUUCCUCUGGACCUCUCUCCAGAGAAAGCUCUGUCCCACCUGAAGAUCGGCAGCACCUUCACCUUCAGAGUCACCGUGUUACAGGCCUCCAGCAUCUCAGCCGAGUACGCCGACAUCUUCUGCCAGUUCAACUUCAUCCACCGUCAUGACGAAGCUUUCUCCACUGAGCCGCUGAAGAACACCGGCAGAGGACCUCCGCUGGGCUUCUACCACGUACAAAAUAUCACAGUGGAGGUGACCAAGUCCUUCGUGGAGUACAUAAAGACUCAGCCCAUCGUCUUCGAGGUGUUCGGUCACUAUCAGAAACAGCCCUUCCCUCCGCUCUGCAAAGACCUGAUCAGUCCGCUGAGACCUUCCAGGAGGCAGUUCCCCAGGGUGAUGCCCUUAUCCAAACCAGUGCCGGCCACAAAGCUCAGCACUUUGACUCGCUCCACUGCGGGACCAUGUCACGCCAAAUAUGACCUCAUGGUGUUCUUUGAGAUCUGUGAGCUGGAGGCCAACGGAGACUACAUCCCCGCUGUUGUUGACCACAGAGGUGGGAUGCCCUGUCACGGCACGUUCCUCUUACAUCAGGGCAUUCAGAGGCGGAUCACAGUGACCAUCGCUCAUGAAACAGGAAAUGAUAUUGAGUGGAAGGAGGUGAAGGAGCUGGUCAUUGGUCGCAUUCGAAACACUCCAGAGGCUGAUGAGACCAUCAUAGACCCCAACAUCCUUUCCCUCAACAUCCUGUCCUCUGGAUACUUCUGGCCUAAACAUGACGACAACGUCUCCUUGGGAGUUGAUCAUAGAACUUUCUACCGAUUUGAGGCAGCAUGGGACAGCUCCAUGCACAACUCUCUGCUUCUGAACAGAGUCACUCCCUACGGGGAGAAGAUCUACAUCACCCUCUCUGCUUAUCUUGAGAUGGAGAACUGCACUCAGCCAACAGUGAUCACCAAAGAUUUCUGCAUGGUGUUUUACUCCCGUGACACGAAGCUGCCGGCCUCCCGCUCCAUCAGAAACCUCUUCAGCACCGGCUGCCUCCGGCCCUCUGAGAGUAACCGUGUCACAGGAGUCUAUGAAGUCACUCUCUGCCAUGUGGCGGACAACGGAAGUCCAGGAAUGCAGCGUCGUCGCAGGCGUGUGCUGGACACCUCGGUGGCCUACGUCCGAGGAGAGGAGAACCUGGCUGGAUGGAGGCCUCGCAGUGACAGCCUGAUCCUUGACCACCAGUGGGAGCUGGAGAAACUCAGUUUACUGCAGGAGGUGGAGAAGACCAGGCACUACCUGCUGCUGAGGGAGAAGCUGGAGGCGACUCUGCAGGCGGGACAGGAAGCGCUCUACAAGAGCAGCGACAUCAGCGACUUUGCAAAGAGUCCCGUCCUCAGCCACAGUCCCAGCAACAGCCCUGCCCUCGAGAGCCCCAACCAGAGGCAGAGGGAGCUGGCUGCCAAGUGUCUGCGUCUGCUGAUGCACACCUUCAACAGGGAGUACAGCCAGGUGAGCAGCAGUGCCAGUGAGAGCAAGCUUUCUGAGAUGUCUGCAUCACUAAUGAGGGAAUCGUCAUCGUCUGGACUGAGCACGCUCACUCCAUCCUCUACCUGCCCGUCACUGGUUGAGGGACACUAUGAUAUCAGACACACUGAACCCAGUUCAGGAGCAUCCACCCCAGAUCUGGACCCGUACAGCCCAGUGGACAGAAAGAAAGCUCUCAGAGGAUGCACCUUUGUUCCUGACAUACAGGAGAUUCGUGUCAGCCCCAUUGUGUCAAAGAAAGGCUACUUGCACUUCCUGGAGCCCCACACCAGUGGCUGGGUGAAACGCUACGUGGUGGUGCGCAGGCCCUACGUCUACCUGUACCGCAGCGAGAGGGACAGCGUCGAGAGAGCUGUCAUCAACCUGUCAUCUGCAAAGGUGGAAUACAGUGAAGACAAACAGACCUUACUGCGGACUCCCAACACAUUUGCUGUGUGCACUGAGCACCGUGGGAUACUGCUGCAGGCCACCAAUGACAAAGAGAUGCAUGACUGGCUGUACGCUUUCAACCCUCUGUUAGCUGGCACCAUCAGGUCAAAGCUCUCCCGGAGAAAGUCUGUCCAGUCGGUCCCGCCUGCUCAGAGGAUGUGAGAGGUGAACCAGCCUGGUGGGAAACAAAACAAAACAAACAAAACAAUUCAAUCCAAAAGCUCUGCUCACCAUCCUGCUCUAAUGAACAUUGACCAUAUAAACAAACUUAUACAUAAAACCAUUCAAAUACCCUUGUAAAUUACUUCACUCAGUCGCUCAUCCCAAACCCCAACAAAACCGUCCCUUCUCUCUUUUUGCAGUCGACACCUCAAACCCUGCAUGGUGUGCUCCCUCCUGACCAUUAGAAGAAUACAUAAGAAAAACUAACCACCCAAACAUGUUAAUUAACUUACCUUUUCUGGGCAUUUGGACUAGUUCUGAUGAGUUUUCAUAUACGUGUAGAUAUGUCAUCUGUGAGGCCACCAUAUCCCUGUAGAGAGUUAUAAUGUGCUCAGUCCCUCCUUCAUCUAUCAUAACUGAAAGUAAGUCCCAGUUGUAAACCAACCAUCCAUGUAUUUCUAAUUAACGCCAUCAGGUGAGGGGGAACAAGAAAACAUCAAACCGGAUGUUUCUCUGUGUAAAGUGUGUUAAGUGCAGGGAUGACAGCUCCACAUGCAUCCAUUCUACAAAUAGUGUACAUUACCUCAGUUUGGAAUGGCUUGGUGCUCUACAGCAUAGAGUAUUUGUUUCUCUGCAGAGGUUUCAGAUAGCAAACAGAUCAGUCAUUUUAACACUGAAGUAGCAUGAGGAGGGAUUUCUUAGGACAAAGGGGUAAGUUGUACCUGUGUUGUUUUUUUUUUUUAACUGGUUCAAUGAAAACUGAGUUCGUUGGCUAGACUAAGGCAAAAAUAAUCCACAAUCAGGAGAGAUAAGUCAUGUCCUUGCCUUGUUCUUGAUAUGUGCUUUUUUUCCCAUGCCCAUGAGGGAAAAUAUUACUUAUUGUUGCGAUCCUAGGUUCUCUGCACUGUUAUUUGUGACAGGACCACUGACCAGUUUUGCUGCAUGGCACUUUAUUGUCUUUAUUGAGUUAAUGUCUUGUGUCAUUUACUCAGUUGUUUUAACCAAAGCACUGUUGUCUUGUUUUAAUUGUUUCAAACAUUGUCCACGGUGCAGUUGUGUUAGCAGACAGUUUUUAAGAAUAACUGGAUGUUAAAUAGUUUGACAUUUGAGAAAUCUGCCAAUUUGCUUUCUUACUGAGAAAGAUAAUAAGAUAAAUACUACUACUAAUACCCCCAGCUGUCAGCUAUCUUAGCUUAGCUUAGCUUAGCCUAGUUUGGCCAGAAACAGGGGUGAUCAGCUAGCCAGGCUCUCUCCAUAGGUAAUAAAGUCUACGUACCAGACAAGUACUUUUAAAGCUCAGUAAGAUGUAGAGAUUUUGUAGGGAGGUAUGUGCUGAACUAUUUCCUGGCAGUGUGCAGAGACUUCAAAGACACAAACAAAUGAGUUACAGUGUGUUAAUCAAUGAGCUUUAGAGGUGUUGGUAGCAGUUUCCCUGUGUUUCUUUAUGCUAAGCUAACCGUCUUCUCAGUACAAACCCAAGAGUACCAUCCUGGAAAGGAAGCGGCCAUAUUGAUUGAUUGAGUGUUGUACCAAGUUUCCUUCCCUGGUCAUAUGCAUAACCUCUACAUCUUCUCACCUAACUUCUUGCAAGAAAGCAAAUAAGUGUAUUUUUCAAAAUAAUUUCUUUAAACUAAUCAAUUCUACAUAAAUUGAGUUUUAUAUUCAUUUAUAUUAUAUUCUAAAUUGAUGUUUUAUAUGGUAAAUACACAAGGAGGACAACUGUACUGUAUGCCUGUUGUUAGAUUUGUAGAAAAUAAGCACUUCUUCUGUCUGUUAUGGGCCAGCAGAGUUGUUACAUUAAAUGAGUUUACUAUUUAAAUCUCCUAGUAGCUAAAGGGAAAGUUGUAAAUGAUCCUGGACCUGUAAUCUGUUGAGGGCAGUUGCUUUGAGCGGGCAAGAGCGUUGCCCACGCACCAGAUAGUGCCUCCCUUUCUUCACCUCUUUUUCUUCCUCCUCCAUCAUUGUCUUUAACAUCUUUAACACUAAAGUUAGUUACAUGUGUUUAUAAGAGUAAGCUUUUAUGUAGAGUAGUAGUAGUAGAUGCUAUGGAUCUUUUGUUUUUAUAUUGAUGAUCUAUGUCAAUGUUUUGGAGAGUGAAUAUUAUCAAUGAUGCUACAUGGUAUGUUGGUAUAGCCUGUCACAGUACAGCGCAGCGUAUAUCUCAUUAUCAUUGACUCUAAAUGUCGCAUUUUGAAGGAAUUCCCCUCUUAGCUUUUGUACUGUAGGUGCUAGAUAUUUGACAGCCUGAUGCUUGUGUCAGAAACCAGUACAGUAUGAUUAGCUUUGGUGUUGUUAUGACAUUUAUGUCAAGGAUGGUUUCUAGUUGCUUUUAGUUUUUAUACUUUUACUUUUUACUUGUUCCAUUUUGCACUGUACCAAGAUGACCCUGAAUGUUGGUCUUUGAUAAAUAUUAUCAGUGGAAGAAAAUACUUAUCUAAAAAAUAGCUUGUUGUUGCUAUUAUUAUGUAUGUUUAUCGUGUUAUUUGCAUUUAAAGGAAUAUUAUUCAUAUCUGUUCACUCUAGAGAAGAACAACUUCUUCAUUUGUAAAUCUUAUACCAAAGACGUGGUCAGCCAACCAUUUCGACUUUCUCAUGUUCCUCAGAUUAUGAUCUGGUUAUUGCCAAAUCUGACUAUCAGCUAUCAGAAAGUAUUUAGGACUCUUUAUGCCACAGGCCAACCAACCUGCUGGGCAGUGCAGCCUAAUACUUUAAAAAUCUGACUAAUACAAAGGUUAUAUUUCACACUUCACUUAGGAUUUUUGCUGUUUGUGGACUCUUUGUUUUGAUCAUAUUCUGUCUGAGCAACGAAUUCAGUGUAAUUACAUCAUUUUAGGUCGUCUUGGUACAAUCCACUUUAUUUGUUUGGUAAAAUGCUUAUAGGUAUAUUAUGUAUGCUGUCUGCUGGAACAGAAGACAAAUGGAAAGUUUUAUUUAUAAAGUUUUGAAGGACAGAUUGUGUCCUUAUGAUAUAUUGCACUCAUGCACAAAGCAUCUUUAUUUGAUAUGAUUUCAUAUGAUGAUGUUUUAAGAAUGUACGGAAAAGACUGGUUUGCGUUUAAAAACAUUACGGCCCUGUCCUGAGAGGAGGAUGAGAUUAGAUUCUGAAACUGUGCCAUUUUCGCUUCAGCAAUCAAACCACCAAGAACACUGCACCAAAUUUUAUUGAUUGUUUUUUAGUUUACAACUGCCAGAUGAAGUGCAAUGCCUCCAAUCCUAAUAGUUCAAGGGUAUCGUGUUAAAAAAAAAAAAAAAG